UGUCCUUGUGUGGGUUUCGGGACCAGGGUUGUGGGUUUCGGGACCAGGGUUGUGGGUUUCAGGACGAGGGUUGUGGGUUUCGGGACCAGGAUUGUGGGUUUCGGGACCAGGGUUGUGGGUUUCGGGAUCAGGGUUGUGGGUUUCAGGACAAGGGUUGUGGGUUUCGGGACCAGAGUUGUGGGUUUCGGGACCGGGGUUGUGGGUUUCGGGACCGGGUAUGUGGGUUUCGAGACCAGGGUUGUGGGUUUCGGGACCAGGGUUGUGGGUUUUGA